GGACAGGGACCGGGACCCCAAAGCUGACCCUUGAUGGGGGGCUCGCUCCACCGCGCGGGAAGAAGAGGACGGGCAGGGAGCUGGCUGCCUGCAAAGCGCUGAGGGCAGAGGGGGCGAGGGGGCUGCGGGAGCCACGGAGGCAGAGGUGGGAAGCAGGGGACUGCUCGGCAGAGCGGCUCGGUGUGCGAGCCCCGCGCGGGCUGCUCCGGGAGCAAGGGAGCUCCCUGUUACGGGAGGCAUCCGAGCAGGGAGAGGCAGGCCGGUACUUGGCCGGGAGGCUGCAGCGCGGCUCCCUGCCCGGGCUGGCAGCCCGCACGUCUAGGCCUCUGCGCGGCUCCUCCGGAGCUAAGUCCCCGCGCGCGCGGGGCGGCUGCCGAGGAGGCGGCUGGGGUCAGAGCAAGGAUGCGCACUUUCCCCUGCACCUUGCCCUGAGCUGAAGGGCAAAGGCGCUGCCGCUGGCUGGUGGAGCGAGAGGGAGAGGAGCGGAGAAUGGGGAAAGAAGCGCGGUUCCAGUCCACGGGACGGGAGCCAAUCCACUGACUGACUGACUACUUGCAUCAAAGGUUCUGGUCGCUGUGGUCCCCAGUCGCUGACUGGACACAUCGCCACCUUACCAGUCUUCAGAGACCACUCCUUUCCAUCCGACGAAAUGAUAGAACCCUCUGAAGACUCAUUUGAGACGAUGAUGGAGCGUAAGAAUCCAUCAUCAAAACAAAUGGAGUCCUCCGAGGGCUCAUCCAACACCACCGCGGAGAGAGAAGACGGAGCGCAGGCGGGGGCCGGGCCCGCCCCGGGCCCAGCCCAGCCAACGGAGGAGAUGCCCACUGUCCUCCUCCAAGACAUGGAGGAGCCAUCCAGUGUUCCAGAUAGAAAAAUAAAGGAUUCACCCAAUGACCUACUCCAAGACCUGGAGGAGGCAUGCGUCGCUGCAGAGGGGGAUCCGGCCGGCGAGGAACCUGGUGAGAUGGGAGAAGCAUCCGUCAACGCGUGGGGGGACCCAGACGAGGACGACGACACUGACCUGAGCGACUGGGGAGACGACGAUCUUGAAGAGCCGCCCGCGGCCUCCAGCUCGGAGUUCGGGGCCACGUUCGAGUCCCUGGUCUCUGCGUACUUCCAGAUGCAGGACCUCAGAGAGCAACAGAGAGUGGCAGAGGAGAUCCUGGUGAGGGGGCUGAACGAGGGCCGCCUGCCUCGCCCCGAGCCCUUCUCCGGCGACCGCAGGCAGUUCCACGAGUUCAUCGUGCUCUGCCAGCUGAUCCUACAGAGCUACCCCAGGAAGUUCUUCAGCGACCGCCGGCGGGUGAGGUACGUCACCAAGUACCUCUCGGGCACCGCCCUCGAGUGGGCCCGAGGCCUAGCGCAGGAAGGCAGCCCCCUGCUCAGCGACUUCCCGGCCUUCCUAGAGGCCAUGUCGCAGGUGUUCGAGUACAAGCAGUCACUGCGGGCGGCGGAAGACGCCAUGUUCGACAUCAGGCAGGGCGACCGCCCCGCCAUCGACUACAUCAAUGAGUUCCGGGCCCUGGUACCCACCUUGGGCUGGCCAGACGGAGUCCUGCAGGCCCACCUGUGCCUGGGGCUCAAGGAAGAGAUCAGGCACUAUCUGUUCCGCGUCCCGCAGCCGGACUCGCUGGACAGUCUGAUCGUCCUCGUCCUGCAGAUAGAAGAGAAGCUGGCGGAGAGAAGGGCCGUGCUCAGGCUGCCCCCAGAGUCCCGCCCGCGGAACAUGACCUGGAUCGACUCACCGGCCCCGGAGAAGUGGGCGGUCGACAGCUGGCUGAGCUAUGAAGUGCAGCCUAUCGAUCGCAGGCACCUCUUCCUGCUGCUCCUGGUGAGGGUGAACCCUUACCACAGCGUCGCCGUCCAGGCGCUGGUGGACUCGGGCGCAAGCUCCAACUUCAUGGAUGAGAGGUUUGCCCAAGAGCACUACGUCGAGUUGUACGAGAAGCCCUACCCGCAGCGCAUCCACAUCAUGGAUGGCUCCCUGAUCGGCAACGAGCCCGUGUGGCUGCACACCGAGCCCCUGGUGUGCAUGCACCAGAACCACCAGGAGACCAUCCAAUUCGACAUCGUCCCGUCACCCAACGUCGCCGUGGUCCUGGGCAUCGACUGGCUCCGUAUCCACGCCCCCCAGGUCGACUGGGUCAAAGGCCGCUGCACUUUCCACUCUCCCUACUGCCUGAAGAACUGCUUCCGCCCACCCCCGCCAUGCAUCGCGCUCGAGAAACACGCCGUAAGCCUGCUGCCCGGUCUGUCGCCCCAGUAUUCCGACCUUGCCGACGUGUUCAACCCGAAGGAAGCAGAUGAGGAGACUUCCGACCAGCCAAGCUCAGACGGAUCCGAUGAUCUUUCUGAAUCAGAGCCCUCUGAGCUUCAGCAGGCUGGAGACAGUGAUCAGAGCAGCGAGACCGACGACGAGAGUCCCUCUUCGGAUCCUCAGGAACCUGUGGAUGCUGAGGCGCAAAAAACAGCCAGGCGGGGGAAUGAAGACCAGGCCCUGGAGGACAUGCUGACCAAAACGGUGGACUGCAUACAGAGCAUUCCCGUCCUGUUCAACCCGUUACAUGGAGCUAAGUGGUUCACACGGCUGGAGCUGCGUGGGACCACCAUGGACGAAGACAUGAAAAUACUGGAAACGGAAGAGGUAUGGAAAGCGGCGUUUGGGAUGGAGCUUCAAGCGAUGGAGAGCUACCAGCCCUUUCAGAUCUGCGCAGACCCUCUCAUCCCCCAGAAGGUGCUGCUCUACAUCCUGAGGGACAUGCUGGGCAAAUUCGUGCUCUCCUACGGGCACGACGUGGUCAUCUACUCAAUGAGCCAGGAGGAGCACCUCCUACACGUCCGCCAAGUCCUGGUCCGCUUCCGACACCACUACGUCUACUGCUCGCUGGACAGGAGCGAGUUCCACCGGCACAACGCCGAGGUCCUGGCGUUCAUCCUGACGCCCAAAGGGGUGAGGCUGAGCAAGAACAUCUCCAAUACCAUCCGGGGGUACCCGAUCCCCGGCUCUAAGAAGUCCCUGCGGCACCUGAUCCAGUUCAUGUUCCCCUACCGCCACUUCGUGGAGCGCUUCGCCGUCACGGCGGAGCCCCUGGUGCGGCAGCUGCUGAGCAGCGCCCCCUUCCACUGGGGGGACGAAGAGCAGGAGGCCUUCGAGAGCCUGAAGCGGGCGUUCCGCAAGGCGCCCCUGCUCCACCACCCGAAGCCCCAGAACCCCUUCUACUUGGACACCGGCAUCACCAGGACCGCUCUAUACGCCUCCCUCAUCCAGAUCGACGAGCACAACGGCAAGAGGGUCUACUGCGCUUUCUACUCCCGAUACCUCGCCCCCGACGAAGUGGACCUGCCCCCGCUGGAGAGGAGGGGUCUUGUGAUACGGGCCGCCCUGAAGGUGUGGAGGUGCUACCUGGAGAACACCGAGGAGCCCAUCAUGAUCCUUCUUAAUACCGAGGAUCUAGCCUCUCUGAAUAAUGACAGGCUCACCGUAAUCCUCCCGGGGCAGUGGGUCGGCUUCUUCUCCCGCUUCCACUGGGACAUCAUGGAGCGGCCCGAGCAGGACAGCGGCUGGGUCCUGCCGCCGCGCCACUCCCACCGCAGGCCUUUCCAGGCCCGCAGUGCCGCCUGGCCCUGGAGGCCCAUCGCCACUGGAGGAGGGGAGGGUGGAGAGGCGCCUCCCCAGACCCAAUCUCAAGAGUUCCUGACUCAGAUGCCACUGGACCAAGUCCUCCUCGUGCACUUCAGCGUGGCCCAGAUCAAGGCCGUCGUCCUGAACUUCUUCAGCGGCCUGCUCUUCUGGAAGGACAACCUGGCCCUGGCGGCCCUGCUGGUGAUUCUGAAGGAGAAGCAGCGCCCCCCGCAGCUGCCCGCGCCUACCCUGGACGUGGCACGCCUGCCGGUCCAGCGCUCCCCGCGCCUCAUCCUGGACCAGUCCCUGCUCACAAACCCUGGCAUUGCCGCGACCAUCAGCCGGCUGCUGACCCAGAUGCCCCCUGACGUGGACACUGACGCUGUACGGGCCGAUCAGAGGGCCCUGCUGCCUCGGGGCCCCCGGGUCCUACACCUGCCACCUGAGUUCUGGAUGAUGCUGGGUGAGCGCUUUGGCAUCAGAGUCGCCCCCGGACAACCCCAACCCAUCCGGCUCGGGAGACACUCCCUGGAGCUGCACGUCGUCGGUGGUGAUGUCGUCUUGCGAGAAGCCCUGCAAGACGACCUGCAACGUUACCGUCAGUGGGGCCUGCAUGACGGCCUGCAAGACACCUCGCAGGACGCGCAGGCGGACGACGACGCGCAGGGGGAUGAGCAGGUGCAAGGGGACCAGGUGCAGGAGGAGGAUGGGCAGGAGGAGGAUGCUCAAGGGGACCAGGUGCAGGAGGAUGAUGCUCAAGGGGAUCAGGUGCAGGAGGAUGAUGCUCAAGGGGACCAGGUGCAGGAGGAUGAUGGGCAAGAAGAUGAUGGGCAAGGGGACCAGGUGCAGGAGGAUGAUGGGCAAGAAGGUGCUGGGCAAGGGGACCAGGUGCAGGAGGAUGAUGGGCAAGAAGAUGAUUCUCAAGGGGACCAGGUGCAGGAGGAUGAUGGGCAAGAAGAUGAUGCUCAAGGAGACCAGGUGCAGGAGGAUGAUGGGCAAGAAGAUGAUGCUCAAGGAGACCAGGUGCAGGAGGAUGAUGGGCAAGAAGAUGAUGCUCAAGGAGACCAGGUGCAGGAGGAUGAUGGGCAAGAAGAUGAUGCUCAAGGAGACCAGGUGCAGGAGGAUGAUGGGCAAGAAGAUGAUGCUCAAGGAGACCAGGUGCAGGAGGAUGAUGGGCAAGAAGAUGAUGCUCAAGGAGACCAGGUGCAGGAGGAUGAUGGGCAAGAAGAUGAUGCUCAAGGAGACCAGGUGCACGAGGAUGAUGGGCAAGAAGAUAAUGCUCAAGGGGACCAGGUGCAGGAGGAUGAUGGGCAAGAGGAUGAUGGGCAAGGGGACCAGGUGCAGGAGGAUGAUGGGCAAGAAGAUGAUGCUCAAGGAGACCAGGUGCAGGAGGAUGAUGGGCAAGAAGAUGAUGCUCAAGGAGACCAGGUGCAGGAGGAUGAUGGGCAAGAAGAUGAUGCUCAAGGAGACCAGGUGCAGGAGGAUGAUGGGCAAGAAGAUGAUGGGCAAGGAGACCAGGUGCAGGAUGAUAAUGGGCAAGAAGAUGAUGGGCAAGGGGACCAGGUGCAGGAGGAUGAUGGGCAAGAAGAUGAUGCUCAAGGGGACCAGAUGCAGGAGGAUGAUGGGCAGGAGGAUGAUGGGCAAGAGGAUGAUGGGCAAGGGGACCAGGUGCAGGAGGAUGAUGGGCAAGAAGAUGAUGCUCAAGGGGACCAGGUGCAGGAGGAUGAUGGGCAAGAAGAUGAUGGGCAAGGGGACCAGGUGCAGGAGGACGAUGGGCAAGGGGACCAGGUGCAAGGGGCCGGGGCCCUCGACCCCUACCCUGCCCUCCCAGAGCCCCCGCAGGCCUCUGGAGGAAUCCUCGGCUUCCUGCACAGCCACGUGUAUGGUCCCCAAGAUCAGCCCAGCCUGGCUCAACCAGACCCAGCAGCCAGGAGCCUGGCCCACUUCCUGGCCAUGAUCUGUGCAGAGGACCCAGUCCCACUGCGGGGCAGACAGCCCAGGGGACGAGCAAGGCUGGAGGAGCUCCCCGAGGAUGACGAGGACCCCGAGGAUGACGAGGACCCCGACGAGCAAUGA